AUUGGCUCAACUUUAAAUGAACACUUCAGUGCGUUCGCUCACUCUUCAUGGCGGGCGUGGAAACUUGAUAAAGACGCAGAGUUGGCAUUCAAGAGUCCCAGUCCGCCUCAGCAGUUCUAUACUGAACGCAAAUAUUUGUUGGGCAUCGGCGUGGCAGCCGAGAAAAUAUCGCAGAUCCGUGACGUGGUCCCGUUUGCAUCUGAGGAGCCAGGCGUGCUCGAGGACGUGGCCCCUCUCGAGGACAGCGACGUGGCGCCUCUUGUGUCUGGGGACUCCGCGGCGUCGUCGCGCGCCGCCAGAGGUGGUGGAAGUGGCGCCGCUCAUGCUGCGCUUGAUCACCUACACGGCAUUGCUCGAGCGAGGUCGGGCGGCUUCGUGCCUCACGUGUUCGACCCCUUCUAUCUCAUGGCCGCUCUCCAGUUGAAACAUCAUUCGAAGCAGGGUAGGUCCCUGAAGUCUGUAUUGCACCAUGCUGCACCGUUCUUCUUCGACCAGGGCCAGAGUAGUCAGUUUCAGCAUGGACUCAGAGAGUGCGCGUUGCCGACGGAGUCGACCAUGCGCGAAGCGCGCGUUCAGCUCGACCUCCUUUCUUCAGGUUACGCGAGAUUGAGACAAAAGGAUUACGUCAACUGGAUCUACUUGAACCCCGACAGCUCUCCACAGCUAGGAUGGAAUUGGCUGGUGGUUCGGGAAGAUAAGUUCUCUUGGCCCAAAGAUUAUAGUAUCGAUGAGAUCAUGGCUUCGAACUUCAACUCCAAGCUGCAGUCUCGGACCUGCCGUUUGUCAACGAUCGGGAGAGGCCACGGUACGGCUAUAUUCAAGUCUGUGAGCCUCGCUACGUUGCACAAGUGCGAGUGCUCCAGCAUCGAGGACUAUAAUAAGUUGAGGUCUGAGGUGUAUGGAAUUUGCACAGAUCAAGGAGUUGAGUCAGCCGUUGUCGAUAUCGACACUCUUGAGCCCAAGGGCGACGGCCCCGAGAACUACUCUGACAAGCGUGCCCGCAUGUACCCGAACGCCCUGGGCAUGCCAGAAUCGUUGCACAUCAUGUUCAACGCUUUACAACAUGCCGUUGAGAAGUUGCCAUGCCACAAAACUUUCAUAUCAGAUUUACGGAACAUAGAGAAUUUUCUGGCUGAUAGAUCGUUGAGGCGAUUGUUCGUCAACACGUGCCUCGACGAUUCUUUGAAAUCCAAAUUCGACCACUAUUCAACAGUGCACAUCAGCUGGAGGUGGGAGGUCCUUGUCAAGGCGCUCACUGAAUUGAUCCCUCGCUUUUCAAUUUUGAAAGAUCGCUUUGACUUGGGAAAAAUGAAAGCAUCUCCAGAGCGGCAGGUAAAGACACACGUGAUAGACGAUGCGUACGCUUCCCUGCAGGUGCCGCACUUUUUAGAAUUCUGUAUCAUGGUAAAGACCAGCGGCAACACACUUGAACGGUUUGCGAGUCGCCUCGAGGGUUGCGAGUGCCACGCCAGUCUUUGGAAGUCCCAUAGCAACCACAAGAAGAAGACCCGACUGUUGGAACGAGACACUGGUUUCGCACAUUGCUUCAUGAAGGGGCGGCAAGCAUCGUGGUGGUUUGCCGAAGGGCUGGACCAGUGCUUGGAGGCGCUGAAGAAGUGCGACUCCGACGAGUUGCAACUGGCCAUGGGCAAGCUCGACUGCGAGCCACGGGCGCAACUCCUUCGACUCCAGACCCAAUUGGCGGAUUCGUUGGUCGAAGAGCUUUCUGAUAAGUUCGCGUUCAAGGACGUGAUCCCAUAUGCGGCACUCAAGAUCUACAUGUGCGAAAUUCCUGGGGGGAACUUGCAUUCUGCUAGAAUGGACGCGGCAGAUUGCGUGCGUCAGUACGAUUCAGCAGUGGAGGCUGGCAGGGGGCAUCUGCUCCAUCGAGUCGCGCACUUACUUCUGCGACCUGGCACGCACUGCAGGAGCGAGCUCGACGAUUUCGCCAACGGGGUAGGGCACAGCUUGCGGGACUUCACGCACCUGCACUCCAUGAUAAUGAGGUAUGCUCUGAUACCGAUCGUGGGGAGGAGAGUAGAGGGGGCCCAUGCUAUCAUCAGGCGCCUCGGCCUCAUCGCGAAGAACAUGUCACCUCCGUGUAUUUCUGCUUCCAACUCCGAGGCUGAGCACUUGGCGCGCUUGGAUAACGAUGCGGAGUUCAAGCGGUAUUGCCAAUCGACCUGGAGUUCGAAAUCUCUUCUGAACGGUUUGUUGAGCUUAGUUGUUCCGGGAGAUGCAUUGAAAGAAAUGAGCAGGAAGGACAAGAUCAACCGAGUUUACCAAUGCGACCUCGCGUCGGAGUUCAAGGACCUCAGCGUUGAAAGGCAGUCCCAUGACACGUGGAAGCUGCUAACUCAACACCUACGGAGUGCGCAUCCAGGCUUCCCAUAUUCGUGGAAGAUCGUUGUCACGUAUUUGAAGGAGAAGCUCUGCUCUGGUAGCAUAUUUUCUUUACCGACGAGCUUGUACAAUCUUGCUCUGGUCGAUCAUGGGCCCGAUGAAAUCGAUAUCUCUGCGGUUAACCCUUGGGAGCAAGCCAUCGAUGCUAUCGGCCAUGAGCCCAGCGAGUUCCAGUUCGAUGCGGUCGACUCUGUUACAUUUUUUGAGGUCGUGAACCCCUGGCCCGAGAAGCGGAAGCAGAUUGCGUUAUCUCACAUUAUCGAAUGGGGCGAUCGCGUCAACGUCAGGAGGCGCCUCACCUUGCAGACCGACGUUUGUGACAGGAGCGUUACGCUAUUGUGCGAUGCGGACUAUGCUGAAACGCUCCACAUGCGCCCGUUAGUUCACGACUUGAAGCGGUCUCUGUUGUCUUUGUACACGUGGGCCGUGAUGGGCGACGGGUCUGCUUUGGGAGUGCGCCAGCGGAAUCUGGGAGAGCCCGAGCACAUCGUUGCUGCGCCUCGCAGCCUGGUGAUUCCCAGUGCGAGUGACGCGUUGGUUGUCUCGUCGCCCGCCGAGGUCGUCGCGCUCCCCGACGUUGGAGAGUUGGCUCUGGAGCGGUAUGAGGCUACGACCAGCGAGAAGAUGGUGGCAUGUUUAGGCAAACUCCGAGACCUACAGCAUGGCGACGACCGAGACGACGAUCCUGUCUGGGUUCAGUACACGGCGCUGGAAGGCGUGCACAUGAACACGAUCCAAGAUUUGCACAAGGCUGGAGCAAUCACCGCCGUGAACGACGAGUUCGGGGAGUUGGUCGUUUGUCUGCAAAAGGCUGGUACUAUGUUCAGGGCAGUGCGUAAAGUUGGCAGGCCGCUGCAACUCUGUUUUGUGGAUAGCACCAAGUUUGCCAGCAAGCUGGACAUGAUAUUUGCUCUACUUCGUGGUGGAUGGAAGCCUGGUGCCACUAGGCCGUUCAAGAUACGUGGUGCGCGCAAGUUCAUGUGCAAUAAGGACAGGCCUUUGAGUUAUUUUGCAUGUCUUCUCCAAGUUGACAUGCUAUUUGAGAAGGGGUUGAAGCAGCUGCCGCACGAUUUGAAGGACUACCAUUACCAGUGCUUCCUGCGUCUUGCUGGACAUGCACUGCUCGCGUUCGAGGCCGACUUGCAGUCGCAUGGCCUCGAAGAGUGCAGGCGCUUGCUGCGCGAUGCCCCCGAGGCGCCAGUCGACGCGCCUCCCCUGGAGGACGACCUCGAGCCAGCAGCGUCGGUGGAGGCUGCGACCUUGGGCAAGUAUGGCCAGGCCAUGGAACGCCACUCUGGUGGAGUGCUCGGCGGCAACUCUUUGGUGGAUCAGGCGCUGUCGCAGAAGACCCUUCUCGCGGGAGUUGCAGCGCCGCCGACGCCUUCGACUACACCUGGUGGCGGCGCCUACAACAGCCUCGUUGCUCGCUGGAAGGGCAAGCCAUGCUUGCGCAAGUGGUGGCAUGGCAAGUCGGAGGCCGAGCAGGCUGAGUGGUACCGCAAGCAGCAGGCGCACGUUCCAGGUACGAAGCGGAAGUUCGACGAGAUGGAGGUGUCCGAGACGAGCGCCAGGAUGGCCGUGAAGGACGACGUCAAGGAGGACGACUGGAUCCCGCUCAACAUCUACCAGCGGCGAAUGGCCAUGGAGGGCGUCAGCAAUCCUGAUGCCGCCCAGGAGUUCAAGAGGAUCGUUGAGCGCGGCGAAGGCCUCUGGCGCGCUGGCCAGUGGCACGUCCACGACUACCAAGGUUUCAAGAUGCACACGGGCAUCCGCGAGGCUCAGGGCUAUGCCACCACGGGCAAGUACGCGGUCGCGGGCCGCGAAGACCUCGCCAGACGAGUGGAGGAGUGCUCCACCAAGUUAGACAGCCAGCUCCUCGCACACGAGCAGUCCUUGAAUGGUUUCCAGGCCGCCCCGUCUCGCGAUGCUCCCAACAUCCAGUGCCCCACGAACGGCGGCGUCACUCUCCCGCAGUGGCACGACCACUUCGAGGCCGGCAUCCAUCGCGAGGCACAUUGGGUAGGCCUCAAAGGGAACUCCCCCGCUACUUAG